GGGCGGCGUGCCCAUGGCGGCAGACCGGCGGCGGAGAACUGACCGGAUCGACGCCUGGGUGGGACGGCCAGCUUACCCGUUCGCUGCCACGCUGCCGCCGCCGUCUUUGCACCACGGCCACCGUCAGCGACCGUCUGUCGUGCUUUCCCGCCCGCGUGGCCCGCGAGAUGCCACCCUCUCUCCACGCCCACGCUCCUUUUCCCUGACCGCCCAUCCCCCCUCCGCCAUGGCCGCCUACACCUCGGCCCACGCUCCCCUCGCCACCGCCGAUGCCCUCGGCGACACGGCGAGCUCCGCCAGCACCACCACCACCCCCGACGACGACGACGACGGCCUGCACGACUUCGCCUCCGACUCGGGCUUCGACAGUGGCAGUCUGCUGGGCGACGAGACCGACACCCUCGCCUCGAGCAUCCUCAACCACCGCAUGGAGAACGGCCGCCAGUACCACGCCUACCGCGACGGCGCAUACUGGGGCCCCAACGACGAGCUGGCCAAGGAGAUCCUCGACUUUGCCCACCACAUGUACCUCCUGACCCUGGACCAGAAGCUGCACCUGGCCCCCGUGCAGAACCCGCAGCGCAUUCUUGAUGUCGGCACGGGGACGGGCAUCUGGGCGAUUGACAUGGCGGACCAGUACCCCGCCGCAGAAGUAACCGGCACCGACCUAUCCCCCAUCCAGCCCGAAUGGGUCCCGCCCAACUGCCACUUCGAAAUCGACGACGUUUCCCUGAACUGGACCUUCCCGCCCGCGCACUUCGACUUCAUCCACAUCCGCGAGCUAUUCGGCUGCAUCCCCGACUGGGACUUUUUCUUCGCCCAGGCCUACGCCCACCUCGCCCCGGGCGGCUGGAUCGAAAUCGUCGAGCACAGCGUGCAACCCCGCUGCGACGACGGGUCAAUGGGGCCAGACCACUUCUACCACACGUGGGGCAAAGUCGUCAUCGAGAUGGGGGACCGCUUUGGCAAGAGCUUUACUAUCUGGGAGGAGAGUAGGGAGCGUAUGGAGAGGGCGGGGUUUGUGGAUGUCGUUGAGGUGCCGUAUAAGUGGCCGAUGAACGGGUGGCCGAAGAAAAACGAUAAGAUGCGGAAUAUUGGACGGUGGAAUCAGCUUAGGCUUAUGGAUGGGGUGGAGGGGUUUAUGCUGAGGUUGUUGACGCAGGUUGGUGGGUGGUCCGUCGCCCGCGCUCAACUCCAUCUCGCCCAGAUGCGCAGGGAAUUGAAAAGCUACCGCACUCACGCUUACCUCCCCGGCACCGUCGUCUACGGUCGUAAACCCCUCUCCGGUUGACCUUACAAAAAAAAUCGUCUUGUCCAGUUCUAGCCAUCGCGAGCGAUCUUUCUUUUUUUUGGGGGGGGGGGGGCCUU